UUGUGAUAAUUAAGAACAUCAUCUAAUCUCUCUCUCUCUCUCUCUCUCUAAGCAAUGAAGAAGAAUCAACACCAAAAACCACCAGCCUCAGCUGCUAAUCUCCUUUCUUAUUUCAUCUUCUUUGCCUGUGGCAUAACCUCUGGGAUUUUACUAACCUGCUAUCUCAAGGACUUGUCACUGAAUCUACUAAUCUCUCAUUCACCAUUAAUUCUUCCACCACCACCAGCUACCCAACCACCACCACCUACUCCUCCCCCAUCAGCCACCAAAACUUCCAAAACCAAUAUUAGAUCAUCAGAAUAUCAAAAGCCCACACAUGUCACGCACGAUAUGAGCGACGAAGAAUUGCUAUGGAGGGCCUCAAUGACUCCCAAAAUUCGUAAAUUCCCAUUCAAAAGGGUUCCAAAGGUUGCUUUCAUGUUCUUGACAAGAGGGCCAGUUUUGUUAGCGCCUCUUUGGGAGUUGUUCUUCAAAGGCCAUGAAGGAUUCUACUCAAUUUACGUGCACUCCGAUCCAUCUUUUAACCAAUCCGAGCCUGAAAAUUCAGUUUUCCAUGGCCGGAGAAUUCCCAGUAAGAAAGUGCAAUGGGGAAGUGUUAGCAUGGUGGAAGCAGAGCGUCGCUUACUAGCCAAUGCUCUUCUUGACUUCUCCAACCAACGAUUUGUUCUCCUCUCUGAAUCAUGUAUCCCUCUCUUCAACUUCUCUACCAUUUACUCUUAUCUAAUAUACUCUUCCAAAAACUUUGUAGAAUCCUUUGAUCUACCCGGCCUGGCUGGCCGUGGCCGGUAUCGCCAUCAAAUGAGUCCCACCAUCACAAUCCAACAAUGGAAAAAAGGAGCUCAAUGGUUCGAAAUGGAUCGAGAUAUAGCUAUUGAGGUUGUAUCAGACACAAAAUAUUUUCCACUAUUUCAAAAGCAUUGCAAGAGGUCAUGUUGUGCCGAUGAGCAUUACUUGCCAACGUUUGUGAGUAUAAGAUUUUCGGAGAGGAAUUCAAAUAGAAGUUUGACUUGGGUUGACUGGUCAAAGGGAGGUAUACACCCAGCUAAGUUUGUGAGAACAGAUGUGACUAUUGAGGUUUUGGAGAAAAUGAGGAGUGGAAGGAAAUGUGAGUACAAUGGGAAUAUCACCAAUGUUUGUUUCUUAUUUGCAAGGAAAGUCACACCUACUGCUUUGGGUAGGUUGAUGAGGUUUGCACCAAAGGUUAUGCAAUUCAACCCAUAAGAUUAGAAAUGUCAUGAUGUUAGGGACUAAAGAAUAUAAAAUGAUUAAAAAAAAGUAAUGAGUGGUUUAAAUAUGAACUUUUGUAUAGUAUAGAGCCCACACUCACAGACUACUUUCUUUUAGUAUUUUUUUUAUGUUUGAUUUCUUAGUCGGUUAAAACAACAUAUACAUAUCAUCAUUUAUUUGUAAUGAUCAUAGGGUGAAACAAAAAAUGGUUGCAAAUAAUUUCAUUUUGUUUUCUCAAAUUUGACGGAUAAAGUGUGACCUAGUAGAUGUAAAGAAAAACAAAAAAAAGAAUUUUUUGUUUGUUUGGUUUUGGUUGGUUCUUGACUAUGCAUGUUUCCUACAAUAAAUUAAAAUCAAUAGCCAUUGAAAUAUUUUGCUCAUUCUCCUCUCAGA